GGGUCUUUUUGAUAUUAUUAUGCAUGAAAACUAAGCCUCAUUGGUGAAUCAUUUCCAUUACAUCUCUCUCUCUCUCUCUCUCUUCUUCUUUUUUUCCACUUUCUAUCUCCUCUUUGUGACUGCUUUUGCUUCAUAUUUUACCGACAUGGCUCCAAUCUAAUGGGGUUUACUACUUCUGUUUCUGCAACUUAAUCUCACAUCUUCUGUUUCAAGACCUUUUAUGCUGAAGACUGAAUAAGAUUCUGAGGAAGUUGAGGUUGUUUAUUUUAUUACACAAGCUAAAAGAUUAAGUUUUGAAAUCAUAUUUGGAGUAUGGCUAUGCAAAGUGUUUAUCUGAAAGAGAAUGAAGGAAUUGCACACAAUUUUGUGGGGCAAUUAUCAUCUGCUAAUUCAGGAGCAGCACCUUGGUGGAGUAGUUUUGGAUCUCAAUCCCUUUAUGGAGAGUCUGGUGGUUGUGGACAAAUCAAAUCCUUUUCAUUGGAGCCACCUAUCUCUGUUAACCAAUUUGGUGCAACUAAGCAAUUGGGUAGAGGAGCUGAACAUUUGUUGGGGAAAGAGCAUACCAAUCACUUUACCAUCUUUCCAGAUGAUUUUAAAAUGUCAGCUGAUGCACAAAAGCCUCAUACAACCAUAUCACUGCAGUCAUCAUUCCCUGAUACUGCGACUCGUUACGAGCUAGGAUUUACUCAGCCUAUGAUCUGUACAAAAUAUCCUUAUGCAGAUCAAUUUUAUGGACUCAUCUCAACUUAUGGACCUCAAAUUCCGGGGCGUGUAAUGCUGCCACUUAACAUGACAUCUGAUGAUGGACCGAUUUAUGUAAAUGCUAAGCAGUACCAUGGAAUCAUUAGGCGUCGGCAGUCACGCGCCAAAGCGGUGCUUGGUCACAAAUUGAUUAAACGUCGUAAGCCCUACAUGCAUGAGUCACGCCAUCUCCAUGCAAUGCGGCGACCAAGAGGAUGCGGCGGUCGUUUCUUGAACACAAAGAAAUCUGCAAAUGGAGAUGGUAAAAGUGGAAGUAAAGUGCAUAAAUUUGGUGGUCAACAAUUGCAGUGCAGUGGUUCUCAGAGUUCUGAAGUCCUUGAAUCUGAUGUUGGAACUUUAAACUCUUCAAAAGAAACUAAUGGUAGCAGUCCGAAUAUUUCCGGGUCAGAGGUGACAAGCUUGUAUUCAAGGGGAAAUUUUGAUGGCUUUGCGGUCAAUCACCUUGGAUCUUCCGUCCACUCUCUGGCAGACAUGAUUGAUGGUGGGCGUGGCGUUAUCAUGCCCACCAAAUGGGUUACAGCAGCUGGCAACUGCUGUAACCUUAAAGCUUGAUUCCAGAAAGAAUCAAGUCAGGUUUGGUGCAAUAUUGCACCGAACCUUGUCCUUGAUAAGACCAGAUGAUUAUAGGAUCGUCCUGACAUCUGGUCUUAAGGCAAUCCAUCCUUGGCUCAAUCUUUGGCAAAUCAUCCUUGGCUCAAUCUUUGGCAAUGCAUCCUUGGCUCAAUGUACCUAUGGUAACUAUCUUUGUCUUUCUGCACAGGACAAUCUUGGUACGAUUAUCCCGAUACAGAAGACAUAUGCACGAAUAUUUUACUAAUCUUCAGUGUGGAAAUAAAGGCACUGAAAUCUAAUUCAAGUUAUGUUAUGCGUGUUUUGAGUAAUGUCUAAAUGUGGUUUUUUAUGAUGUAUUUCUGACUUUGGGGAGGAAUGUAUUAUAGAACUUUGGUAUGUGUAUUUUGUUGGAAAAAUAAAUGUAUUGGUGUGGAUUUCUCCAAUAUAGCAAUGUCAAAUUUUAUCAUCUUUUUUGCAUUUGGAAA